CCAAUUCUUAUCUUCCACCUAAAGUUUUAUUUCCACUUUUCUUCUUUCUUCAUAUAAUAAAUCCCAUCUUUCAAAGCUCACAAAUUCACUAUUCCACAAUUUUUCUUUUAACAAGGUCCUUUUUCACACCAAAAAAUAUACAUGGCAACAAAAACAAAAGACACUAAUAGUAUUGUGAAGAAUAAGGACAAGAAAUCUCCAUCUUCUUCUACUCCCCCUCCAAUCUCAACCACAAAAAGACUCUCAAGACCAUCAUCAUCAAGCUCCGUAGAAAGUUCCACUUCACAAAAUCCGUCAGAAAAACAAAUCCCAAAUUAUCUCAAACCAACACUUAGUUCACAGCCAAGAUCCCAAUCCUUUAGAGUAAGAAAUGACAAUAUUAUAAACAAACCUACUCUAAAUAGAAGAAGAUCUUUUGAUAGACCACCAUCACUUUCAAAGGUGCCAAAACAAAUUCAACAUUCUCCUUCAAGACUACAACAUAAACCACUUAGUAGAAGCAUUAUCCCUUCUUAUAAAUCUGUUUCAGAUAAAACCUCGUCAAAGAAUCCAAAACAAGGUGUUACCAAGAAGAGUAAUACAAAGAGUGUUGCUACAAAGAGUAGUACUAAGGAAGAAACAAAAGAAAAAAACGAUGUUGUUGAAAAUGAACCGGAACCGGAACCAGAGCCCGAAGUUAAACAAGCUAUAACAAAUGAAGACAAUAUUGGAGAAGUAGAAAAAGUUGAGAGUUUUCAAGAACAUGACCAGGUUGAAAAUCUUGUACCUGAACUUAAUCAAUCUCGGGUACAAGAUAUUGUACCUGAACUUAAUCAAUCUCUGGAACAAGCUAUUGUACCUGAGAUUAAUCAAUCUCCGGAACAAGAUAUUGUACCUGAGAUUAAUCAAUCUCCGGUACAAGACAUUGUAUCUGCGAUUAAUCAAUCUCAAGUACAGCAAGAUAUUAUACCUGAGAUUAAUCAAUCUCCGGUACAAGACAUUGUAUCCGGGAUUAAUCAAUCUCAAGUACAACAAGAUAUUGUAUCUGAGAUUAAUCAGUCCCAUGUACACGAUAUUGUACCUGAGAUUAAUCAGUCUCAGGUACAAGAUAUUAUGCAUAUUCCUUAUGAUAAUGAGAAUCAAGGGCAUGAUCAAAAUAUUGUACAAAUUGAAUAUGAUAAUGAGAAAGUGAAAGAGGUAAUUCCUACGGCGGCGUUAGAAGAAGAAGCAAAGGAAGAUCAAGCCAAAUAUGAACAUGAAGAGAAUGAGAAUACAAAUACAAACCAAGAUGAAUGCAACAUUAAUAAGAGCGAUGAACAAAAAACAAACAAAUCAACAAAGGAAGAAGAAGUUGUUGAGGUUAAAGAAAAAGAAGAAGAAGAUAUAAAAAAUGAGGAAGAGUUAGAAAAGGAAGAAGAAUCAAGUGAAGUAAUGGAAGUAAAAGAGGAAAAUGAUGAAAAAGUGGAGAACGAGGUUGAAGAGGUUAUUACCAAAGUGGAUUCACCAAAGGAAAAGGAAGAAGAAAGUAGUGUGGUGCAAGGGAAGAAAGAGUCAGGUGAAGUUUCCAAUAGUGUGAUUGAAGAAACUGCAAGCAAGUUAUUAGAAGAGAGAAGAAAUAAGGUGAGAGCAUUGGCUGGUGCAUUUCAAACUGUCAUUGAUCAUCAAACCAAAUGA